ACGCUUCCUUUUAAUCGACGCCAUUGAGUGCAGUUUGUUGUUAGGCGUUAAAGCAAAAAGAUAUUUUAAGUUGUAAUAAAUUUCAAUAAUAAAUAAAUCAAAAUGGUGGAUAAAAUUGAUAUGAGUUUAGACGACAUUAUAAAAUCAAAUAAAAAACGUGGUGGUGGCGGCCGACGUGGAGGUCGAACAAACAACACACAAAGAUCACCUGGAGGUGGACGGCGUGGAGGUUUUCGUGGACAAAAUCGUGCUGGUGCCGGAGGUGUUCAAAGAGGCAGAAAAUUCGGUGGCAUUCAGAGGCAAUACACCAGGGGAGAUGUUAACAGUGCUUGGAAGCAUGAUAUGUUCGAUGGAUUUGGUGUUCGAAAAGCAUUAGCUGCAAGCAGAGGUCUUGCUGCCACUACCGGUCUUGGUCCAACUAAAUUAUUAGUAUCAAAUCUAGACUUCGGAGUCUCUGAUUCGGAUAUCCAAGAAUUAUUCGCUGAAUUUGGACCAUUGAAAAAUGCCGCUGUACAUUAUGAUAGAUCUGGUAGAUCAUUGGGUACAGCUGAUGUUAUAUUUGAAAGAAAAGCUGACGCAAUAAAGGCAAUGAAGCAGUAUAAUGGAGUCCCAUUAGAUGGAAGACCAAUGAGCAUUCAACUUACAACAUCCGAUAUUCCAUCCGUAUUAAGAGGAGGUCGUUUGGGUGCAGGAGAAAGAAAAAGUUUUCAAGCUAGACCAAGAAAUACUAAGCAACCACAAAGACAAGCAAGAGGUCCUCGAGGAGGCGGUGGUGGUGCAGCAAGUGGUGGCGGUCGAGGUGCUAGAAAUCAAAAUAAACCAGUUCCAACGGCGGAAGAAUUAGACGCAGAAUUAGAUGCCUAUAUCAAAGAAACCAAAUAAUUAUGAAUAAUUUGCCGUGACUGGCAAAACGUGUGAUGUGUAAAAUAAUAGACUUAACGUUUUCUUCCAUAACGAAAACGUUUGUUAUCUGAUUUUUUUACGUUUUCCAUUCACUUUCUCGCGAUGAUGUUUCUUCGUUUGUGAUUUUUCUUAUGCCAUUAUAAGUUAUUUUUUAUUCAAUUUAAGUUUUACAUAAGAAAAUGUCUCAGCAUAGUUUUCCUUAAAUUAUUCCGAUGAAUUCAUUAAUAUCAAAAACAAUUGACUCGUAUUUUUAAAUACAAGAAUUUUGUAAAUC